GACUAUGAGGAUCAUUAUACCAGUCAUGGUUUGUCCACGGACUCGGUUGUGGAUAUGGACACUUUGUGUCUUGUGUGGGAUGUGUUUGGGUCAAGAGUUGACCGAACCGCAUUACAUGGUGGCCAUACCUGCUGUUCUUGAAGCUGGAACUGUGAAUAAGUUCUGUGCGAGUCUCCUGGAGCCAAAUGAAAUUCUUACUAUGAAGGUUGCUCUGAUGUACCAGCAAAAGAACACAACUCUUUUUGAAAAGACGUCCAACACAGAGUUUCAUGAGUGCAUUGAUUUUCAGACUCCUUUAGUGCUAAAUUCAGAAGUGCUGAUGUUUGAAGUGGUGGUACAAGGCAACACAUUUUACUCCAGAGAAGAGAGAAAAGUCAUGAUCAAAGUCUAUAAACCAGGAACAUUUGUUCAAACAGAUAAACCAAUAUAUCUCCCUGGACAGACAGUGCAUUUCAGAGUCGUCUCACUGGAUAAUAAACUACGGCCUGCCACCCAACAGUACCAUUCAAUUGACCUGAAGGAUCCUUUAGGCAACAAAAUUGGACAAUGGCAAAAUAAAACAUCUAAUAGUAAAAUUUUGCAGCUUUCUUACCCUUUGAGCCCAGAAGCUCGUGUGGGACGCUACAACAUCAUUAUAAAAAUUGGUGAAGAGGAAGUUGAUCUCGAUUUCAGGGUGGAAAAACAUGUUUGGCCCAAAUUUGACGUUGUAAUAAAUGUGGCUGAAGAAGUAAGUGUUGCAGAGGAAACUAUUGGUAUAGAAAUAUGUGCUAUGUACACAUAUGGACAGCCCGUACCAGGAUAUUUUUUUGUAAGGCUAUGCCGGCCCAUUCAUCGAGAUCUCAUAAGUGGCCUUUGUAACAUCCAGAAGAAAAGGGUAGAUAAAAAAGUCUGUGAGAGAUUUACUUUUGAGAUGUCACAUUUCAUCAAGGAUCAAAAGAAUUUAUUGGAUGACAUACAUAUUCAUGCAAUAGUUCAAGAAGAUGGUUCUGAUUUUAAACUCAGACAAGAGAAAAUAAUUAAACUUUCACAUGUUACUGAAAGGCUCUUCUUUCUUGACACUGCAGAGGUUUUUAUCCCUGGAUCCAACUUUGAAGGAAAAGUGAAAGCAGUUUAUUACAACAAUACACCGAUUGCUAACAUGCUAGUGCACCUUUCAGAUGACCAUUUAUGGUCUAUGGAUAGGCCACUCAAUCUCACAACAGACAGUAACGGUGUUGCCACAUUCACACUGAAAACAACAACCUAUAGAAGAGUAAUUCGGCUACGAAUAAGUAAGAACAUGGACCACCUACAGAGGAGGUCAUAUAGGACAGAAUCGCACAGGCUUUUUGAGUCACCUCCAGUCAGCUCUCUGGAUGUAAAAACUGACAGCAAACCUCUUCCCUGUGACUCGGAACAAGACAUUUCUGUCCACUACAGAUUAACGGGAGAACCAAAGGUUUCUGUGAAAAUCAUGUACUUGGUGUUGUCCAGAGGAGUAAUUGUUUCUCAAGGAAAUAAAAAAAUUCAAGUACAAGAUGAAUCAGAGAAUGUGGGUAAAAUAACAUUGAAACUCAGAAUUACCCCGGACUUGGCUCCAGAAUUCCAGCUGGUGGUUUAUGCUGUCCUCCCUAGCAAAGAUGUGAUUGCCAGCAGUGGGGGCUUCUCCACAGAAAAAUGUUUCUCCAAUAAGGUGUCGCUGACGUUUUCCCCGUCAUCAGCCGUCCCAGGAGAGCAGAUCAAACUCCAGCUCACUGCCCAGCCCAAUUCUCUAUGUGGUCUCAGUGCAGUCGAUCAGAGUGUGUUGAUAAAUGACCCUGGGAAGACCCUUAGUGCAGACAAGUUAUACCUUUUUCAGAUUUUUGAUUUAUUACCUGUAAAGAAAGCAUCUUCUGUUCCACAUGAAGUUGAGGGCUCUAUGGAAUGUUUGACUCUGAGACACAAGAGGUCCAGCACAUCAUCUUAUCAGAAACCUGAUGAGGCCUAUAGAGUGUUCCAGGGCGUAGGUUUGAAGAUUGCAACUAACUUGAUGAUUCGAUUCCACCAGUGCAUUGUGUAUAAGGGACAAAUUUACGAUCUAAAUUAUCGGUCACGAUAUACACACAAUUCAGUAUUUGAAUCUUAUCCUUCUAGCAAAUCUUCAUUUUCUCCCCCACCAACAGUCCGCUCCUUUUUUCCUGAGACCUGGAUAUGGGAUCUGGUUGAAGUUGGAGAGUCUGGAACAAAAGAUGUGUUCCUUACAGCUCCAGACACCAUCACCACCUGGGAAACGGAGACUUUCUGUUUGUCCAGUCAGGGUUUUGGGUUGGCUCCUCGUAAGAAGCUUACAGUCUUUCAGCCUUUCUUUCUGGAACUGACCCUGCCCUCCUCCAUCAUCCGGGGGGAAAGCUUUGAACUAAAGGCAACUGUCUUCAACUACCUGAACAGCUGCAUCAUGGUCAGCGUGACUCCAGGCGUCUCUUCAAGUUACGUGAUCACACCUGUCUCUACUGAGGAGUACACAUCCUGUCUGUGUGACAGUGAGCGAAAGAGCUUCCACUGGAACAUGAACCCCACAGCAUUAGGGGUUGUAAAUAUAACUGUAACUGCUGAGGCUAUACCAUCCCACACAAGGUGUGACAAUGAAAUUGUCAGCGUUCCAGAAAGGGGUCGCAUUGACAUAGUCACGAAAUCUUUGAUAGUAAAGGCUGAAGGAAUUGAGGUUAGAAAGGCUUACAAUUGGCUGUUCUGCCCAAAAGAAGAAACUGUGAUUGAGAAAACUGACCUAGAGCUUCCUGACAAUGUGAUUGAUGGGUCUGCUCGUGCCUCAGUAUCAGUCUCAGGAGAUGUCAUUGGUCGUGCACUAAGGAACAUAGAAGGACUGCUGAAGAUGCCAUAUGGAUGUGGAGAGCAAAAUAUGGCUCUUUUGGCCCCCAACAUCUAUAUCCUCCAUUAUCUUCAGAACACGCAUCAACUGACCCCGGCCAUCAAGGAGAAGGCUUUAAACUUUUUGACCAGUGGUUACCAAAGACAGCUGAACUACAAAGAUAAUCAAGGAGCAUACAGUACAUUUGGAACAGGACUAGGAAACACUUGGCUGACUGCUUUUGUUGUGAAGUCUUUUUUUAAAGCCAAAUCAUUCAUCUACAUCGACCCAAGUGUGGUUCAAAGAUCUACAUCGUGGUUGAAAUCCAAACAAAAAGAAAACGGCUGUUUUGAGAAGUCUGGCAAACUCUUUAGUAACAGAAUGAAGGGUGGGGUGUCAGAUGAAGUGACUCUCAGUGCUUACAUCACGGCUGCUUUCUUAGAGAUGAAUCCAUCCACUAAUGUGACAACGGGACAGCCUCCACCGCCAUCAGGAGCUCUGGAAAAACUAUCCUCAAACAGACGGGACACUAUUGGCCUGAACCCAGUGGUAACUAGGAGCCUCUCUUGCCUAAAAGGAUCCAUUAAUGAUCUCAGCAACACCUACACCACAGCUCUGCUAGCAUAUGUCUUCACACUGGCAGGAGACAUGGAGACUCGUGCUCACCUUCUGCAGCACCUUGACAGGGUGGCAGUAAAAAAAGGAAAUGUCAUCUACUGGACUCAGACUGCAGCUGAAACAUCUGACUCUCUGUCAGUGGAAAUCAGCUCUUAUGUCCUGAUGUCUUUACUCAGUACCUCCCACACUGCUGAAGACCUGGGAUAUGCUUCAAGUAUUGUUAGGUGGAUGAUCAGGCAACAGAACUAUUAUGGGGGUUUUUCUUCUACCCAGGACACAGUAGCGGCCCUUCAAGCUCUGGCUCUUUAUGCUACAGUCGUAUUCAGCCCAGAGGGUUCCAGUACCGUUACAGUCCAGUCCUCUAGUGUCCAACUGGAGUUUGAUGUGAAACCAGACAACAAACUGCUUUACCAGGAGAAGGUGAUGAAUGAUGCGACUGGAAAGUAUACCCUACAAGUGAAAGGGACUGCAUGCUCCUCAAUCCAGAUUUCUCAACACUACAACAUCCCUCCUCGUCCAAACAUCACAACUUUGAGUGUGGAAGUUGAAGCACAAACCAACUGUUCGGACAUAUCCAGACAAAAGCUAACUUUGCAUCUUAAGUCUCUAUACAGUGGAAAUGAAAUGAGUUCCAACAUGAUCAUCCUGGACAUCAAAGUGCUCACUGGAUUUGUUCCAGUAAAGGACUCUUUGGAGAAUCUGAAAAAUGCCUUGCUGGUAGAUCGUGUGGAACAGAAGGAGGAUCACAUUGUUAUUUACCUGAGGGAGUUAAAACAGGGAGAAGCCAUUACUCAUUACUUGAAGCUUGUACAGCAGCUGCCAGUACAGAACUUGAAACCUGCCUUGGUCAAAAUCUAUGACUACUACCAGCCAAGUGACCAGGCUGAGACUCAAUACAUCUCCCACUGUGCUUAAAGAAUCAGUGUGUAAAGGAGCUGAGAAGACUUAUCCAGUGGUUUUGUGUUCUUUACACUCAGUGAUCAGUUUUUAAAUAAAAUGUAUAGCAAAAGCUGAGAAUUCUGGAUUUGUCUGGUAUAUGUAAAACAUAAGGUUUUUACACUUAAUUUGUAGGAUAUUUGAUACACUUCGUUGUUUAAUUUAACUAUGAAAUAACAUUGUCUGUGCAAUAAUCAAAAACAGCAAUGCAGUUGAAAUACUGAAAUUGUACUUCUAUUUGAGUGAAAAACAAAAGAGGGCAACAACAUAAAUAUACAUUUUGAAAGACUAUUAAGUAACUGAAUUGAGAGAAAAAAUUCAUUCAUGUACACAAUCACAAACAAUAAAGUAAAGCCAUUGUGCAAAUCUGA